AUGAAGCUCAAGGACCCGCUGCCAGCAACCGAGCAAUCAGUCGUAGUCUACAGCCUACCAUGCAAAAACUGCGAGGCGAGGUAUUUUGGAGAGACUGGCAGACGCCUGGGCACAAGAUUGCACGAACAACAACUUGCAAUCAAUCGCAAGGACAAGUUGUCUUUAGUCUAUGGCCAUGUGCAGCAGAUUAACCGCAAAUUCGCCUUUGAGAAAGCGAGGGUGAUCGGCAGGGCCAAUGAGAAAGUGGCCAGGCUAUUCGGUGGAGGCGUGGAAUCUACAAUUAUCUAUGGUCCCACGAGCCCACUUCCCCGAUACGCCAGCGUGAAUGUGACGUUUCGGGGAUUUGGGAGGUCGUUCAACCUGUUGGAAGUUGGCUACCGUUCAGAAUUCGGAGGCAAGUUGCGGCAUGCUCUACUGAACGAACCAGAGGAAAUGCCAAGUGUGCACGAUGCCGCACCAUUUCCCUAUCAAGCGCAAAACUUCACCUUCUACUCAGGAUCAGAUCGUCGCUCCUCAGCAUUUGUGCGACUAUUUGGGCAUGAGGUCUUCCUCUCCAUGGACGCGGAUGAAGACUUCAAGGGCCUUUACCCUGCUAAGGCAAUGCAGUCGUCGCUGCUUGAAGUGGAUGAAAUCGUCAGCCUUCCGACGGUCGGUGGAUUGAGUUUGCAAGUUGCUAUGCUUGGUGUCUCCUCACAGAAACUGAAGUAUGACUUAAACUGGACGGGCGUGUUGAUAGACUUUGACGCCAGGUUAGCGCACUAUCGGAGCACUUUUUUGCAUAUAAUUCUUUCCCAAUAUGUACAUCAUUUCUAUAUUUCCCGACAAUAUUGCAGAAUGGAAUCGGGCUAUAUGCUGUCUUUGAUCAUAGGGCGCGUAGCCAUUACAGUUCUUGUAUAUAUUAUUUAUAUCGCGUAA